CACUGCGCAUGCGCGUCCGUAGCAGCCCGUGAGCGUGUGUUGGUGAAGGAAGGAGAUUGUCAGUACUGAGCGAUUAACACAGCAGUUUAUCUGAACACAACAGCCGAACCGAGCUCAACUCAACUCUACAGUGCUCAUAUGGCGGACGAGGGCGUCGGUCAGAUGUCGAUCCGUGAGCUGUACGUGUCUGAUAAACAAGGCAGUGAUGUGGAUGGAGACGGAUCAGAACAGAAGCCCUUUAAAACGCCACUAAAGGCACUGAUGUUUGCUGGAAAAGAACCAUUUCCCACCAUCUAUAUGGACUCGCAGAAGGAAGGAGAGCGUUGGGCCGUAAUCUCUAAGACUCAGAUGAAAAACGCAAAGAAGCUCUUUCAGCGAGAUCAAAUGAAGAGUGAUGCUAAAGAAAAGAAGGAGGCUGAAGAUGCUGAGCGCAGGGAGAAAAAUCUGGAAGAAGCAAAGAAGAUCAUCAUCGAGAACGACCCCAGCCUUCCAGAACCCAAAACUGUAAAGAUUGAUCAGCUGGAGUCACUCAGAGAGCAGAGAGUGAAGGUGUUUGGUUGGGUCCAUCGCCUACGAAGGCAAGGAAAGAAUCUUCUGUUUAUUGUGCUGAGAGAUGGAACUGGUUUCCUGCAGUGCGUUCUCACUGAUAAACUGUGUCAGUGUUAUAAUGGACUGGUUUUGUCUACCGAGAGCACAGUCGCUCUUUAUGGAACAGUAAAGCCGGUUCCUGAAGGCAAACAGGCUCCGGGCGGUCAUGAGCUGCAUUGUGAUUUUUGGGAGCUGGUGGGUUUGGCUCCAGCAGGUGGCGCUGAUAAUCUCCUGAAUGAAGAGUCUGACGUUGAUGUGCAGCUCAACAACAGACACAUGAUGAUCCGCGGCGAAAACGUCUCAAAAAUCCUUAAAGUCCGAUCCACCGUCACCCAUUGUUUUAGAGAGCAUUUCUUCAGCAGGGGUUAUUAUGAGAUAACUCCACCCACAUUGGUGCAGACGCAGGUGGAAGGAGGCUCAACUCUUUUCGGUCUCAACUACUUUGGUGAGAAUGCGUAUCUGACGCAGUCGUCGCAGCUGUAUCUGGAGACCUGCAUUCCUGCUCUGGGUGAUACUUUCUGCAUUGCGCAGUCGUACCGCGCUGAACAGUCACGCACCCGCAGACACCUCUCUGAGUAUACCCACAUUGAAGCUGAAUGUCCCUUCAUGAGCUUUGAAGAUCUUCUGAACAGGUUGGAGGAUCUGGUGUGUGAUGUAGUGGACCGGGUUCUGAAGUCACCUGCAGCGCCUCUUCUCUAUGACCUGAAUCCUAACUUCAAACCUCCAAAAAGGCCAUUCAAGAGGAUGAACUACACGGAAGCCAUCGAUUGGCUGAGAGAACAUGACGUUAAGAAGGAUGAUGGGACGUAUUACGAGUUCGGAGAGGAUAUCCCAGAAGCCCCUGAGAGACUCAUGACCGACAGCAUUAAUGAGACCAUCCUGUUGUGUCGUUUCCCAGCUGAGAUCAAAUCAUUUUACAUGCAGCGCUGUCCUGAGGACCGACGUCUCACUGAGUCGGUGGACGUUCUUAUGCCCAAUGUUGGUGAGAUUGUGGGAGGCUCCAUGCGUAUCUGGGACGCUGAGGAGCUUUUGGAGGGGUAUAAGAGAGAGGGAAUUGACCCCACACCUUACUACUGGUACACUGACCAGAGAAAGUUUGGCACUUGUCCUCAUGGUGGUUAUGGUUUGGGUUUGGAGCGCUUCCUCACCUGGCUGCUGAACCGCCAUCACAUUCGUGAUGUUUGUCUUUACCCUCGAUUCAUUCAGCGCUGCAGACCUUGAGCCCAUAAACACACAUAAACACACACACACUGAGACCAACAAGCCAAAUGUCAACCGCUCUUGUACUGUCCCGGCUCAAGGAGAGACCACAUUUAUAUGUCAUGUUUAAAGGUCUCAAAUACAUUACGGUUUAAAUGAUGACCUAAAGUUGCGUAAUAUCACUGUAAUAUUCAUCUGUGGCAUAAUAAAUAAAUGACAUGAUGAACGCU